AUGGCCGGCCAAGCUGCGCAGAAACUGCUGCAAGCCGUACGCAUAGCCCCUGAGAUCUUCCAGCUGCGUCCAGACUACCGCGCCCUCCUGCUGGUGGUUGAAGGCAUCCCUCCAGGCCCCAGCGAUGAUUCCACCGAGGCCCUCUUACAACAGGCCGAAACCACCGCCAAAGACCUCCUGUCCAAACACCCCGUCACUGAAAUCCCACACAUCGCCGCAUGGAGAGAGGCAUACAAGGCUUUCGGAGCCAAGCCGCAGAAGACACGCAACAGUCUAGAGGCAUUGACUCGCCGCGUAGAAGGCGGCUUACCCCGUGUUAACCGGUUGACGGACAUCUAUAAUGCCAUCUCCGUCAAGCAUCAGAUCCCCCUGGGCGGCGAAGACCUGGACCAGUACGAUGGAUCGCCGUAUCUGAUCCGCGCCACGGGCCAGGAACAGUUCCAUACUUCCUCGGGCGGAGAGCCGUUGGUAGAGAAUGCGGCACCGGGAGAGCCUGUAUGGUGUGAUGGCUCUGGAGUCACUUGUCGCCGCUGGAAUUGGCGACAGUGUCCCCGUACUGCGCUGACGGACCAGACCACGCGCGUCUUCUUUGUCCUGGAUGCUCUUGAGCCGCUCUCAGAUGAUGCCCUGACCGUGGCUGCUGACGAGCUUGCCUCGUUGCUGAAGAACCUCUCGCCGGAAGUGCAGACAGCACAGCGACUCGUCACCGCUUCAACUCAGUCGGACCAGGCGUGA